AAAGAACGAAGGCAUUUUAGUUGUUAAAUUUGCAAGGCGGUAUAACAUACUUUGGCAUACCUUGCACAGUAAAUAGUCCAAAAAAUGUUUUCUCUUCUUCUUUUAUUUCUAGAUGACCUUUCUAGGAGCAUGAUGAGAUUUGGCAACUUGUGCCAUAUUUCACACUCCCAGAAUUCCUAUGUCUGCUAAAGGGUUGCUAUGUUUGGUGAUCAACUCGUUAUCUGGUUCCAAUUCAAAAGUGAUCCAUCUACAGUCGUUAACUAUUCAAUAUCUCUAAGGAUCUGAUUUAAGAAAGGGCUACGAGCUAAAUCUAAGUAAUUGCCCUAAGUAACACUCCAAGAUCAGUGACAGUAAAUUGAAUAUUUAAAAAUAUUAGCCAGUGCUAUGUGGAAGUCUCAGUCCAUCUUGAAAAGUGCAAAAGAAGUUUUCUUCCUAGUGCAACAUAGACAUAAGUUCACGGGAAAGACGCUGGUGUUUAACUUACCAUUUUUCCAAAUGGGGAAAACAACAUUGACUGCUCGAGCAAUAUUUUAUGACUUUAGUUUGUUUAACAAAAUGAGGCCCUUAGUUGAGAUGAAGAGACUUUUUUCAACUCAGGUAGAGCUACCCGCUGACUCCACUACUCCUUAUCUACUAGUCAAAUCUGAUUUAACCCAUUUCUAUACCAAGAUCAAAGAAGAGCUGAGGUUCAACACUAGUCAAGAUAGUCUAUACAACGUGUCUUCCUAUUAUUUUGAUGGCAAAGGAAAAGCAAUCAGACCAGUUUUGAUCAUUUUAAUGGCUAGGGCCAUCAACAAACAUUUACAUUUAAACUGUGAUUUACUUCAAACUCAGAAGCAGGUUGCCGCAAUUUCCGAGAUGAUUCAUGCGGCAUCAUUGAUGCAUGAUGAUGUCAUUGACCAAUCGAAUCUUCGUCGGGGAAAGCCAAGUGUAAAUUGGGUUUGGAAUCAGAAACAAGUAGCGAUGGCGGGAGAUUACAUCCUAGCUGUCGCCUCCAUGAUGAUCGCGAGGCUGCGGAAUGACGAUGUCACUAUUACCUUGAGUCAGUUUGUGACGGAUCUUGUUAAAGGAGAGUUCAUGCAACUGGGUUCAAGAGAAGUAGAAGGUGCGAGGUUUACACAUUAUUUAACCAAAUCCUACUGUAAAACAGCGAGUUUAAUUGCCAACUCAUUGAAGGCUGUUGCAAUCCUCGGUGGAGCCGAUGCCAAAACUACUGAGAUCGCUUACGAGUACGGCCGCAACAUUGGCAUUGCAUUUCAACUAGUCGACGACUUGCUGGAUUUUACUUCAUCGUCUGUUGCUCUGGGUAAACCAACAACGACAGACCUCAAACUGGGCUUGUGUACAGCGCCUGUGUUGUUUGCGUGUGAGAAGUUUCCUGAACUUAACUGCAUGAUUAUGCGAAGAUUUCAAGAGCCUGGAGAUGUUGAAAAGGCACUAGAGCUAGUUUACAACUCGGAUGGUCUUGAUGAGACCAGAUAUCUCGCUGAGAGGUAUUGCCUAAAAGCCACUGAAAAGGCUGAGCUUAUACACGAGUCGCCCUAUCAACAAGCUUUAAUAGUCAUGUGUGACCAGGUUAUAAACCGAACUAAGUGAGCUUUGUGAAUUAGAUUGUUAAAACUAGUCAGGAUUAGAAAAUAAAUAGACAUCGCAACCUAAACUUUGUAUUGUAUUUAUUAACUACAUAUUAGGCUAAUUUGAAUU